AAUCCUGUGAUGACUGAAGAUGAAAAUUCAGGGGUUAAGCUAAAGCCAUUGGUCUUUCGUGCAGAUGAUACUACUCCUGAAAUAGUAAAAAAUGUUCUACUAGAACGUGGUUGGAAAAAAUUUAAUGAAAAUGUUCAGGAUGUAGGAGACUGGAACCUGUAUUGGCGGACCUCAUCUUUCCGUAUGAUUGACUAUAAAAAUGUUAAGCCAUGGCAACGGCUUAAUCAUCACCCAGGAACCACCACACUUACCAGAAAGGACUACUUGGCAAGACAUUUAAAGCACAUGAAAGGGAUUUAUGGAGCAUCUCUUUAUGCAUUCUGUCCACUGACUUUUAUCAUGCCCAAUGAGUAUAUUAAAUUUGUAGCUGAAUAUUCUAGAGAGAAAGAGGCUCUUGGUAGAAAGCCAAGCUACUGGAUAUGCAAGCCAGCAGAACUGUCUCGUGGGAGGGGCAUAAUAAUUUUCAGUGACCUUAAAGAUUUGAUCUUUGAUUGUACAACGGUUAUACAGAAAUAUAUUACCAACCCUUUCCUCGUUGCUAAGUAUAAAUGUGAUCUACGUAUCUAUGUUUGUGUUGCUGGUUUCCGGCCCUUGACCAUUUACAUCUAUCAGGAAGGACUGGCACGAUUUGCUACUGAAGAGUUUGAUCUUACUAACCUGAAGAAUAAUUGUGCCCAUCUGACCAAUAGCAGCAUCAAUAAAGCUGGGGCCUCCUACAAGAAGAAUAAAGUUGGGGUUGGUCGAGGUUGUAAAUGGACCCUGACCAGGUUCUUCUCUUAUCUUCGCAGUAAUGAUGUGGAUGACCUGCUUCUGUGGCAAAGAAUCAAUCAGCUGGUGAUCCUCACAAUGCUCGCCAUUGCCCCAUCUGUUCCUUUUGUUUCCAAUUGCUUUGAGCUCUUUGGAUUUGACAUUUUGAUUGAUGACAAGUUCAAACCUUGGCUUUUAGAAGUGAACUAUAGUCCUGGCUUAUCUUUAGACUGUUCUACUGAUGAGUCAGUGAAGAGAAAGCUUAUCCAUGAUGUCAUUGAAUUAAUGCAUUUCAAUCAGACUCGCCUGAGGAAGACCAAAAAGGAAUCUAGAGAAGCUUCAGGCCACUGGACUGACAUUUUUGGGACUGAAAGUGAUAAAUAUGGAGGUAAUGAAACUUCAAAUCAUUGGUGUAAAUUUUCCUUGGCAGAAGGUAUUAAAGAUAGAGUCCGAGAAACUUCACGUCAUUGGACAAACAUUUCUUUGUUUGGACAAAAAAACAGAGUUCAUGCAUCAUCUAAAUACAGAUCUUAUAAGAAAGACUCUCAUAACUCUUCCAAUAUUAUCUCUUUAUUGGGAUUCACAGGAAGAACAUCUGAUAAUGAUUUUUCUACUUUAGGGAAAGAAGACAAAGAUUCUCAUAAAAAAGAAAUUACUACAAAACUAAGAAAAAAGAAGGCUGCAAGAGAUUCUCUAUCCCAAGACUUUCCAAAAAUAAGAGAUAGAAAGACUACAUUCAAGUCAAUCCAUUUCUUCCAAUCUUCUGAGUCACAUAAGAUCAAGAAAACCACCAACCCAUAUUUCCCAUCUGACAAGGGCAUGAAGCCAUGCUCCCAUGCAGGUGAUUUUGUCCUCAUUUUCCCUUUCAAUGAGGCUACUCUUGCAGCUUCCAGGAAUGGUUUGGAUCUCAAGAAGGUCAUCCACGAACUUCAUAAGCUUGCAAAUAAGCAAGCAACAAUAGAGGAAAUGGAUAAAAUUAAGAAAAUGUGA